AUGUAUAAGCUAAAGUCUCAGUUCCUUGCUACUUGUACUGCCACCGACUCCACAACGAUCAACGCGCCCAUCCGAGUCCAAAGCAACGGACCAACUAUUUCAAUCUCCCGCGAAAUCGGAGCUCUGUCCAUAGAAUUCUGCUACAUUAUCGACUAUCUCGGCGACCUUGGUUCACCAAAUACGUUUUCUCGCCAAUUGCUCCAAAACAUCGAAGAUCGAAUCGGUGCGCCCCCUGUCAUCCGUAUUGGGGGCCAUACUCAAGACGUAGCCCGUUACUGCGAGAAUUGUGCCUCAACAUUGGCGAAUAUUUUCGUACCAGGCAAUGCUGAAGCUGUCAACGUAACAUUCAGCAAAGGCUUGUUCGAAGUGUUGAAUAACAACGUCCCAUCGAAACAGCAGUUCAUCUUUGGCCUAAAUCUGGGACAGGACGAUGUUCAAUUCCCUCUUUCUGAAGUGGUGGCAGCGGAGAAAUAUCUCAGGCCCGAGCGGCUCCGGAGCUUUGAGUUAGGAAACGAACCGGACUUUUUCAAUGUUCAGCGACCGCAUGGAUGGAAUGUGCAGAUAUAUGCUCAGCAGGUUGUGGACUGGCACUCGCAAAUCCAUCAUGCCACUAAGAGGACUCUUUCGGUACAGCUUGGUGCUUUUGCACAAGAACCCAUUUAUAUGGGUAAUUUUUCUCUGGUGGAAUUGAGACAGAUGGGAGUCGCUACCAAGAUAGGACAUGUGACCAGCCUUUCUGAUCAUACGUAUCCUUUUUCAAUUUGCGAUUCGAAACGAGCAGCUUUGGUGUCCUUGCCGAAUCUAAUGAAUCAUAUAAACACCGUCCAGUAUUUCUCACAAUGGGCAAGUGAAAUCGCAGCCGCAAAGUCACAGUCCAUCCCUUUCGUGAUUGGUGAAACAGGCAGUGUUUCCUGUCACGGAAAGGAAGGAGUCUCUAAUAGCUUAGGGGCAACGUUGUGGUCAUUGGACUAUAUGUUACAUGGUGCGGUUUUGGGAAUGCAGAGCGUGUAUUUCCAUGCUGGUACCCCUUUUUAUUAUUCCAUGUGGCAACCUGUGGUUUAUAAUAAUACGCCUGCUGUUGUGUGGCCCACGUAA